UCUGCACUCUUUCCUUUGAGCUCUCACUUCUACGAAUCUAAUGUGCCGCAUAACUCGCUUUGCACAGGGACUGUACUUUCGAUUCUCUGUCUCAUAUCGGUCAGCUGCCAUGUGAAACUCGGGAUUCCACAAUGAACAUCAUCAUCGUAGAACAAACUCACAAUGUACAUCUCUCAUAUACCGACAGCGGUCCUCCGAAGAUAGACCAUUCUACACCAUACACAACGAUCUUCGCAGUUCAUGGUUGGAUGUUCAAUGGAGCGGUCUUCAAAAAGCUUCUCCCACUUUGUAGUCGAGAAAACAUUCGUUUCGUUUCAAUCAACCGUCGUGGUUACCCUGGAUCUACCGAUUCCACCGACAAGGAAUUAGGAGUGUUCGAACCCUCUACCGGCGCAGAAACGGAAUCCGAGAAACAGAAACAGAGGGCAGACUAUUUGAAAGCUCGAGGAAAGGAACUACUCACGUUUGUGGACACGUUCAUCCAGAAAUAUGAUUUACCACCCAUAUCCGAAGUUGAGGGCGAGAUGGGAACGAAGAAGAAAUGCGGUGGUAUUGCUAUCUUGGGAUGGUCGCUCGGACAUUCCGUGACGUUUGCAACUCUUGCCAACCUGGAAGAUGCACCGAAGGAAAUACAGACUAGGCUGGCAGCUUAUUUGAGGGCUCAUAUACUGCUCGAACCAGCAAUAACUACGAUCGGGAAAAAACCGAUCCCUGGAACUUGGGUUGCUACUCGAGACUCUCCCAGCAUCACCCCAGCUUCCGCAAUUGGCCUCUUCAUGAUGCUCGUCUCCGCUUAUUACGCGCAUGGUCCAGGAGUCGUUACUCUUGACCCAAAACUUCAAACUCGGGAUCCAACUUUGAUGGAACAUGUUGCGCCUGCAAUGCCCUCUAGAGACAGCUCAAAUGUUCCAAGCGUCUAUAAUAUGACCUCAGAAGAAGUCGAAGAGAUCAUUUCCCUCCCCCCACGACCGGUCCCGAGAGCCGACGCUAUGCUAUCCAGAAUGGCAAUGCUCUGGUUAGAUAUUCUCCAGGUGAACUAUGCAAAGGCUUGUUAUAGUGAGACCGUUAGGAAAAGUUUACUUCCCGAGAUGAAAGUGGUUGAAAUUCUUGGGGAUAAAACAUCGGCGAUUGUUACCAGCGCUUUUUGGCAGAUAUGGGAUGACAACGAGAACGAGAAAGAGAAGGUUAGAAAGAUCACCGGGUCGAAGGACGUGAAGGACUUUGUGGAAUUUAAAUUGAUGAAAGGUGCCAAUCAUUUCAUGCACUGGGAUUAUCCGCAAGAAACUAUGGACCUCCUUGUGGAAAUUUUGAACGAAUGACCGAACACAUUUGUUGAAGUACAAGACAGUCUCAAUUCUAAAUACAGUAUUCGAGUUGCCAAGGAUUUGUACGAGUUGGACCUUUAGGUAUAAGCAACAUGGAAACCCAACGGAAGUAACUAGGUAUAACGAGCCGUUUCUAUUA